AUGCCUCACCAUCACAAGAAGAAGACAAAUGUCCUCAAGAACUCCUCUCCAAAGGUGGAGAAAACGCGAGUUUUCCCGGAUUCAAGACCUAUUGAACUGCCAGUAGUGGCUCCGACAAAUUACCAAGAAAUACACCAGGAGGAAGUUGAGGCUCUUCGCUCAAUUUAUGGCGACGACUUUGAAGAUGUGCAACAACGGCGGUCUGCGUGGCAUCGCUCGUCGGAAGUUUCUUUUAGACUUCAUUUGCGAGCACCUUCCAAUGCCGAUGUUCGCUUAGACUUGCUCGUCGAGCUGCCAGCCACUUACCCCAAGACGUGCCCAAAUAUAACCGCAGAGAAUCUGGAAGACCUCCGACAAGGCGCCCAGUCGAGAAUACGCGAUGUCCUACAAAAUAAGCCCAGGGCCCUCCUGGGAUCCGAGAUGAUAUAUGAGUUGGCGGAUUCGAUCCAGGAAAUCCUAGAGGAUGCUGCGGAAGCUCAGGCCCAUGAUCAGGAUAUUCCCAGUUUAGAGGAGGAACGGAUGGUACAAGAAGCAGCCGCAAUCGAACGAGCGGAGCGUGCAAAAGAAGAAGAGCUCCGAAAGCAACAAGCAGCUUCAGCAAAGGAGGAACUAGAGCUCAAGCAACUGGUACAGGAUGCUAUCAAUAAGCGUACGAAAGCACUGUCACGCCGGAAAAGCAGAUCGUCCGGGCUGGAAGCAGCUGGCGACACUGAGGGGAUGGCCCGUGUACCAGGAGCAAUUACCUUUGAUCCGCCGUUGGUCAUAACGGACGCAGACGAGGGUCCAUUAGUGUUCCGAGCGGUAUAUGGCAAGACCUUGUUGAAACGUGUACAUGGAGCGAGUACAUUUAUAGUGAGGCCUGUGGUUCCAGAGAGCCGACCCUGUGCCCCUCUCCUAGUCUUGAAGGAGCUGUCAAUCAAUGAAAAGGGAGCUGACGCCCUAGCCUUCCGUGAGCAAAUGCGGCUGAGCGAGGACAAGCUUGAAAGUCUUAAGAGGCUUCGGCACCAAAAUCUAGUUGACUUUUAUGGCUUCAAGAUCCAGACGCCCCUGUACUCCGGCCACUCGGAAGACAGUACUUGGACAGUAUUCGCUUUGGUUGAGCAUGCGAACAAGGGCUCGCUGUCCGAGUUUCUGGACAUAGUUGGUACGGUACCGGUUGAAAUGAUUCGUAGCUGGACUAUACAGCUUCUUGAAGCACUCGAAUACUAUCAUCGACAUGGCUUUGUCCACGGAAACAUCCAUUGUGGGCGUGUUCUGCUGUUCAGGAAUACCACGGGUGGUACAAUUGUGAAGCUGCUCUCGAGUAUUGAAGAAGCUCUACCAGACGCAGCUGGAAACAAACGGCUUCUCAUGGCAUCCAAAUCUCCCUUUUGGUUUCCACCGGAGCUAACUCAAGGGAACUCUUCUCCAACGAUGAAGACUGAUGUUUGGGACCUCGGAAUAGUAUUCCUCCAAAUGGCCUUCGGAAAAGACGUGCUUCAACGAUAUACUUCGGCCAAUGCACUCGCGGACAACCUUGAGUUGUCGCCCCCGCUGCAUGAUUUGCUACAGGAGUUCUUUAGGCCAAGCCCAAAAAAGAGACCCACAGCAUUUCAGUUGCAGCCCUCGGAGUUCUUUCGUGUCGACAGUCCUUUGAUCAUGCGGACGAGCGCCUCGAGUUCCAUGUCAUUAUCGCGGCGUCCGCGCUUUGAAUCCUUUAGCGGCGGCCUCCCUUCAUUUUCACGCUAUCACCAGGAUUUCGACGAAGCUGGACGCUUAGGUAAAGGUGGCUUUGGUGAGGUUGUCAAAGCACGCAACAAGCUCGACGGUCGUUUUUAUGCUGUCAAGAAAAUCUCACAUAAAUCCGCCGCUGCAUUGAAAGAUACUUUAUCAGAAAUCAUGCUGUUGUCGCGCCUGAAUCACCCAUAUGUGGUACGCUACUUCACCGCUUGGCUUGAGGAGGAUUGUGAUCAGAGUGACGAGGAAGCAAUCUCAUUCACAGACGGGUAUUCCGUUGGUAGCAGACGUUCGGAGGAAUUCGAGUACAGUACUACAGGCGGUCUUGAUUUCAUUAGUUCGAGCGGCUACCCAAACAUAGAGUUUGUGCCGGACAGUGAUGAAGAGGACGCCGGAACGAUAUCUACUAGAGAAAAGGGCUCAUCGCCUGAAACCUUUGGCACCGAGAGUGGCACGGGCAAAGAACUUAGCCGCGUCAGGUCGGGCUCGCAUGGCCGGCCAAUGCUCACUGCGCUAUACAUUCAGAUGGAGUACUGCGAGAAACACACGCUUCGAGAUCUUAUAAAAAAUGGCCUCUAUGACGAUGUCGACAGAUCCUGGCGUUUGUUCCGCCAGAUCCUCGAUGGAUUGACUCAUAUUCACAGUAAUGGCAUUAUCCACCGCGACCUCAAGCCCGACAAUAUAUUCAUAGAUGCAGCUAGCAAUCCGCGUAUUGGAGAUUUUGGUCUAGCCACGAGCGGCCAGUUCACAACCGCUGUACGCUCCUCCGCAGCGGCAGAUUUCGGAGGCAACCUCACUCGAAGCCUGGGUACAACUUAUUACGUGGCACCAGAAAUGAAAUCCGGUUUCGCGGGACACUACAAUGAGAAGGUCGAUGAUUCCGAGAAAGUAGUUCAGGGGGAGAUCAUCAAGUCGCUUCUAAGUCAUGAUCCAGCCGAACGACCAUCUGCGUCAGAAUUGCUCCAUAGCGGUCAGAUUCCACUUCAGGUCGAGGAGGAGACUUUCAGACGCGCAAUCAUGCAUCUGCUCUCUGAUCCUAGCUCUCCCGACUACAAGAAGAUCCUCUCCGCUAUAUUUUCUCAAUCUCCAAAAAAGGUCGAGGAUAUUGCCUGGGACAUGCAUUCACGUGCCCCACCGGCAGCGAACGAGCUUCUCAUGCACGGUCUUGUCAAAGAAAGGCUUACAUCGAUCUUCCGCAAGCACGGUGCCGUGGAGACUACAAGACAGAUGCUGUUUCCGAAAUCCCAACAUUACAACAGCGGCGACGUAAGGCUUCUGGACGCAUCUGGUAAUAUGCUUCAAUUACCCUUCGAUCUAACGCUCCCGAACGCACGUGCAAUUCCCCGGCAAGACCCUUCACUCGAAAAGACCUUUGCUUUUGGUACUGUCUACAGGGAUACACCUCACGGUGGUGAACCAAGAACUCAUAAAGAAGUGGAUUUCGACAUUGUGUCUCGCAAUACCUUAGACCUGGCCUUAAAGGAAGCAGAGGUGAUUAAAGUUCUUGACGAGAUCAUUGAAGAAUUUCCACCAUUGAAGGCCAGCGCUAUGUGUUUCCUGAUAAACCAUUCGGACUUGCUUCAGCUAGUUAUGGAGUUUUGCCGCAUCAAACCUUCCCAGAUUCCCUUGGUUAAGGAGGUUAUCAGUAGGCUGAAUGUCGGCAAAUAUUCCAUGCAAAAGAUUCGAAGUGAACUUCGCUCACCCACAAUUGGGGUUGCUUCCACCUCGCUAGACGAACUUGCCAGGUUUGAUUUUAGAGACUCGCCCAAGCAAACGCAAAAGCGCUUACGGGCAAUAAUGGAAGGCACUGAGUUCGCCGAGCGAUUAACGCCAAUAUUUGCAAGAAUCAAUUCCCUAGUUACUUUCUUGCAGGGCUUUAAGAUCAAGCGGAAAUUCUUUAUCUGUCCUCUAAGUAGUUUGAACGAAAAGUUCUUUCGAGGGAGCAUACUCUUCCAAUGCAUAUUUGACGGCAAACGACGCGAUGUCUUUGCAGCCGGUGGUCGUUAUGACUCCUUGGUGCAGGAUUUCCGCUCAGGCGUCACGACAAACCGUGUUCAGCCUCAUGCAGUAGGCUUUAAUCUAAGUUGGGACAGGCUCAGUUCUGCGAUGAUCGACUACGUCAAAGCUCCGACUAAGGCAUCCCUUAAGCAUCCGGAAACCGACGUUGGGGCGUUCUGGAAGACGAGAAGGUGUGAUGUACUUGUGGCUAGCUUUGACCCAACAAUCCUACGCGAGAUGGGUGUGCAGUUGACUCAAGAUCUCUGGUCCAACAGUAUUAGUGCCGAAUUGGCAGUGGAUGCAUCCUCUUUAGAAGAGCUUCUUACGAAGUACAAAGAACACAAUCAUAGCUGGAUUGUCAUUGCAAAGCAGGACAGCAAAGAGCGAGGUUUCAAAGUCAGGUGUCUUGUGCCGAAGGAAGAAUUAGAUAUACGCGGCUCUGAGCUUAUACCUUGGCUUCGAAGCGAGAUACGUGCGCGGAACCAACGGGAGGGAGCUCCAGAGAAUCCGCGGUUUGCUCGGCUCCCAAGUCAGUCUGAAGUGAACACGCCUGCAAACGAUCGAUCCAAUGAUGUGCGCAUUCUCGUAUCACAACAUAGAAGCAAAAAGACAAACCGGAGGAAUAUUGUCGAGCAAGCUCUUACCCGCGCGCGAGAGGUUGUCGAAAAUGCUUUGAACGGUCCAAUUGCAGCCAUCGAUACUCGAGACGAUUUGCUUGAAGCCAUAAGGGAUACCCGCCUGUCUGACCCGGACAGCUGGCGCGCGGUCAUACAAAACGCGCCUCUCACCGAGCGCAAGUACCUGCAACAAGUCUACGAUCUGCUUGCUGAAUUUGCGAGUGAAAGCCAUGGGGAUAGCGCCGAUUAUCCCGGGAAUGCUUUCAUCUACAACUUCAGAACGGGUUCGUGUUUGUAUUACGAUCUAGGGAGUGCCAACGAACGAUGA